UUUCAUCUAUGAUUUUAAUGACCGUAUUUGUUUGUUGGUUGCACUGGUGCAAAACAAAAGGAAUGCACAAAUAGCUAUUUUCAAGCCGCUCACCGCGCCUCCAUUCAGUUCCAAUUUCUGCGAGUUUGUGUGGAAUGGCAACAGCCUUAAAGAAGAAUCAUUCCCGUCGAAGGCUCGCCGCUCUCACAUUUCUCUCUAACAUAUCCCUCGACGGUAGUCACAGGGAUACAAAGCUCGCUAUCCUAACGCGGAACUCAGUCUUCCAUCGCAGGACACUGAGCGACACUCACCAUGACCAUGGAAACAAUAUCCAUCAAAACGACCUUGAAACAUCGGCGUAUGAGGGUAUCGAUGGCUUAUCCAUAGAGCCGUUGAUGGUUGCUCGCAAAGUAAAUCCUGUGACAAAUUCUCCGCCGGUUCGUAAAGUUCAUGAGCAGCACUCUUUUAGCUCGGACUCUGAGGGCCCUUUAACUCCGGCCAAACUUCCUACUGCGGCAUUUGUAGACCAGGAGCGAGUAGCAACUUUUGUUCAUAUGCCACCUGGGAUUCAUGGUCCUUUUAGAGAUCGUACUGAAACAGCAAGUAGUGAAUAUUCACUUCCCGAAAGACGUAUUGGAUCCUUUCAACACAGAAAGAGAAUCAUUCAUCAAACUUCAACACUUUCAGAGGAUAUUAAGCAUCAUCACAAUAGUAGCAGCGAAAGUAUCGGCUCUCUACGUUCGAAGUCUAUAUCACAGUCAUCUAGAUCAAAAUCAAAAGCAAUCAAUAAUGUCUUAUCUAACUGUUCCAACAAUAACAUCAUACCUGAAGUCACAAAAGAGCUACGCAUGAUGCAGCGACCUUUUAUUGGCCAUAAAUUUGGAGACGAUCGACUCAUCUUGGUGUCUACUAAGAGGGUCCCAUUCCUUGUUUUCUCUGCCCUUCCGUACAACAAAGGAUCACGUACUGGCUGGUCUGAACUUCGAAAAGAUCCUGGGCGUAGAAGAAACACUUCAGGUCCAAGACCCCUUUCUGCUAUCAAUGAUACAUUAGACCCAUUUGGUCUGUUAGGUAUCGAGCGGGGCAAAGAUGGCCAGGAGAUAUCUUACGGACAACUUCUGAUACCAUCAAGGCAGUUUUUAAAGGAUCGCAAGGGGUAUGGAAAUGAUAGCGAGGCCAUAGAGCUUAUGCACACAGUUCCAGCUAAGCACAAUGUGGCGGCAAGGUGCUUAUCGUAUGAUACAGCUAUACAUCGACCGUCACACAUUAUUCCUGCGUCACCCCCGCUAUCUUACAAUGCAGAUACAAAAGCUUAUGAAUGGGAGGAUAUGCCAUACAAUCCAAAUUUGUUAGACGACCCAGAGUUAAUCGCAGGCAAACAUCGCACGCUACUUACAUUUACGUCAUACAUGACAUCAGUGAUAGAUUAUGUUAGACCAUCUGAUCUUAAAAAAGAACUCAACGACAAGUUUAGAGAAAAGUUCCCUCACAUACCGUUAACAUUGAGUAAACUCAGAAGUUUAAAACGUGAGAUGAGGAAGAUAUGCAAGCUCGAAUAUGGUCUUGAUUUACUGACUGUAGCUACAGCAUAUGUAUACUUUGAGAAACUGAUUCUUCGCAACGUUGUGACUAAGCAAACAAGAAAACUCUGCGCUGGAGCCUGUCUACUGCUUGCAGCAAAGCUCAAUGACGUGAAGGGUGAUGUUUUGAAGUCUUUAAUCGAGAGAAUAGAAAGUGUUUUCCGUUUGAAUCGCAAGGAACUGAUAACGUCGGAGUUUGCUGUACUAGUGGCAUUAGAAUUUGGUUUGCAUUUGCCUACGUGGGAGGUUUUCCCACAUUAUCAGCGCCUCAUGUAUGAGUCCUGACCUUCCCCUAUACCAUUGGUAUUAGUACACCGGGCACGAACAUUUUCUUCGUCAAACUAAACAGAGCUUUAACAACAAUGCAUUUUGCGAAUUUUCUAAAUUUUUGAAAAUAAUUAUAAGUAGAAAAUUCAAGAAGAGAUCAAACUAUGCCCCAAACAAAUAAGCAUAGAAUGAUAAUCCGAGAAGUGGGUUUAACUUAAAUCCGGUGCUAAGUAAGUAAAGUAGCUCUUUACUCUUUGUAUACUAUAUAACAUUUAAAUCUUAAUCUUCUGCAUUUUAGCUAAGGCUAAUUGUAUGAACAACUCGCAAGUUCAACUUACCUUGCUUUGUCCCCAAUCUUACAUGAGAGUUCAUUUAAAUUUCUUUAUUAUUCAUAUUACUACGAUGAAAGUACAUGCUUACAGAUGUGCGAUGGGUAACACUUUGAGUACCAACAAAUUAUAUUAUCAAAAAGAAAAAACAGAGUACUUAUUUCUGGAAUGAUGCAUAUACUGUUUAGUCAAUAACUUUAUACUCAGUAUGUAAUAUACAUAGUCUGAAGGUCUAGGUACUUGGAAAUUGAAUAGUUUUAUAUAUAUAAAAAAAAAAAAUUCAUUGG